AUGGUCUACUGUGCUGAUGGUUUUAGUUGUGAAGUGCUGAUGUUUAACUCAAGGACAUGGCAAUGGACAAUUCUUCCAGAAUGCCCAAAAAGGUUCUUCUCCAUAGCAGUAGUGAAUGGACAACUGACAGCAAUUGGAAGGAAACAAUCAUACAAAGCUACAAACACUCUUUUCAGUCUCCCACAGGACAGACCAGGCAUCUUCCAGCAGAAGUGGAUUGAACAAUUUCCACCAAUGACAUACUGUCGCAGUUCCCCAGCAGUCGCUACCACCAACACAUCACUGAUAGUAGCUGGAGGAUGGGGUCUAGACAUGCAGAAGGCAUCAGUAGAAGUGAUGGACAUUCAGACACUACAAUGGUCCACAGUAGCCAGUCUACCUCUUCCUUUCAAUCAGGCCACAGCCACCAUCUGUGGGGACAGACUCUAUAUUGGUGGUGGGUUUAGUACUGAUGGGUCAACCAAGUCAGUGGUAAUGUGUGAGGUGAAAGACCUCCUCCAGUCACAGCCACAGUCACUAGCCACCAGACCAGGUCUCUCCAGUAGUCCUCCAGUGUGGAAAGAAGUUGCACCACUUCCAGUGUUUGUGUCUUCUCUCGUCACCUUCCAAGGCCAGCUACUGGCAGUAGGAGGAUCGACUACAGGGAGAGAUGCUGACUCCACAUCUGACGUGAUGCAAUAUGAUGUAACCACCAACUCUUGGAAAGUAGUCAGUCAGAUGAAGGUGAAGAGACGGAGAUGUUUUGCAGCAGUUCUCCCUAACAACACACUGAUGGUGUGUGGAGGACACACACCAGAUCGGACAUAG